AUGGAAGUGAUAAAUGAGCAAAAACGAAACUAUGAAAAUGAUUCAAUUGAUGAACUGAUUCAUCCAGUCGGUUAUUCAUCAUGUCAAACAUUAUCUAUUGUGGCUUAUGUAAAUGCUCAAUCAUUCAUCGUUAGUCUUCUUGCUUUUGAUAUUCGUAAUGAUCAAGUCAUAAUCAUUACCCAUUAUUGUUUUCUUACUCGAGGAUUUUUAAUAAAAAGAAAUGAAAAUGAAACUGCAAAUCGAUUAUUUAUUUCUCGUGAUACUCAAGGACAAAUUCAUAUUGAAUAUAAAAAAGAAGAUAAAUUAGUAGAAACUAUUCAAUCUUAUUCAAAUAAACUACAAACAACAGCGAUUGAUCUUGGAAACUACUUUAAUAAUGAAGGAAAACUUGAUGUUGAUAAUAAUCAGUUGAUGAAAAGGAUAUCUAAAAGUGUCUCAAACAUUUUACAACAUCGUUCUGGUUAUGUUAGUUCACGUUCACAUUCAACAAUAGCAGAUCCAGAUUCUGCACGUGCGUCAUCAACAUAUCGUCCAGUCCAGGCCACGCGUGUGCAACGCCAUUAA